GGAUGGUACAAAUGUUGGUAAAUGGACUGUAAAAAUAGAAUUUUUAUUACAAAGUUGGGUCAGGUGCAGUCUCUGACUCUCUGUCUCUCAGAAGAAGAGAAAUGGAAAUAGCUUGAAAAUUUUAUCAGAGAGAGAGGAGAGCUCUUGGCCUACAGAAUUCAUUGGUUCAUCAGUCAUCGUCUUCCAUUUUCAUCAAAGCAGCAGAGCUCUCAGAUCUCACUGCAAUGAGCAGCAAAUCAAGCUCCGUCGCCACAUCCUCAUUAAAGCCGACGACUUGGGUCCUACCCUACAAGACCCAGAACCUCACUGACCUCUACUCUCUUGGGAGAGUCCUUGGCCAGGGCCAGUUCGGCACCACCUACCUCUGCACCGAAAUCUCCUCGGGACACCCCUACGCCUGCAAGUCCAUCCCCAAGCGCAAGCUCCUCUGCCGGGAGGACUUCGAGGAUGUCUGGCGAGAGAUUCAGAUCAUGCACCACCUCUCCGAGCAUACGCACGUCGUCAGAAUCCGCGGCACCUACGAGGACGCCGCCGCCGUCCAUUUGGUCAUGGAGCUCUGCCGCGGCGGUGAGCUUUUCGAUAGGAUCGUGAAGAAGGGGCAUUACAGCGAGCGGGAGGCGGCGAAGCUGCUGAAAACCAUUGUUGGGGUUGUGGAGGCUUGUCAUUCGCUUGGGGUUAUGCAUCGGGAUUUGAAGCCGGAGAACUUCUUGUUCGAAAGCGAGGAGGAGGACGCGGCGCUGAAGGCGACGGACUUCGGGCUCUCUGUUUUCUACAAGCCCGGUGAGACCUUUUCUGAAGUUGUUGGAAGUCCGUAUUACGUUGCUCCUGAGGUGCUGAGGAAGCACUACGGGCCUGAAUCGGAUGUGUGGAGCGCAGGGGUGAUUCUGUACAUUUUGCUAAGUGGGGUUCCGCCGUUCUGGGCGGAGACGGAGAUUGGGAUCUUCCGGCAGAUUUUGCAGGGGAGGUUGGAUUUUGAGUCCGAGCCGUGGCCUGGGAUUUCUGGUAGUGCACGAGACCUCCUAGGUAAAAUGCUUGAGAGAAACCCAAGGAAGAGAAUCACUGCCCAUGAGGUGCUUUGCCAUCCGUGGAUCAUAGAUGACACGAUUGCGCCCGAUAAGCCACUGGACUCGGCUGUCCUGUCGAGGAUGAAGCAGUUCUCCGCCAUGAACAAGCUCAAGAAAAUGGCGCUGAGAGUGAUCGCUGAGCGGCUCUCGGAGGAGGAGAUUGGCGGGCUGAGGGAGCUUUUUAAGAUGAUUGAUGCAGAUGGGAGCGGGAGCAUCACGUUUGAUGAGCUCAAAGAGGGGCUGAGGAAAGUGGGAUCUGAGCUAAUGGAGUCUGAGAUCAAGGAUCUAAUGGAGGCAGCUGACAUUGACAACAGCGGGACGAUCGACUACGGCGAGUUUCUGGCGGCGACGGUGCACUUGAACAAGCUGGAGAGGGAGGAGAAUCUGCUGUCUGCGUUCUCGUUUUUCGACAAGGACGGAAGCGGGUUCAUCACCAUUGAUGAGCUGAGUCAAGCCUGCAAGGAGUUUGGAUUGGGGGAGCUGCAUCUGGAGGACAUGAUCAAGGAGAUUGAUCAGGAUGAUGAUGGGCAGAUAGAUUAUGGGGAGUUUGCUGCAAUGAUGAGGAAGGGGAACGGGGGAGGGAUUGGGAGGAGAACAAUGACAAGGACAAUGAAUUUGGGUGAUGCUUUAGGGGUUGGAGUGGCUGACAAUGGGAGUCCAACUAACUGAUUAGAGGUUCAACUUCACUUAAUUUUUUUGUUUUUGGUUUUGGUGAUUAGAUGGAGAAAAUCUUUUGGGUUAAUCUUCAUUGUCAUUGCUACUAAUCUUGGGUAGGGAUUCAAGAUUGAAAUCUUCUUAUAAGCUAAGCAAAUUAUGGUAACCUUGGAAUCACAAUGUUUUCUUGUUUUGUUCAUAUUUGCACGAAAUCAAACCAUUGUUAUAGCUAUGGAAAACAAACUAAAUGGAACAGAUUCACCG